AGUUGUUGACCUAAUGGGUGGAAAGAAGAAGAAAUCAGCCACUCAUGCUGCCCCGGCAGCAGCAGCGGCGACUAGCUCCGGUUCUACCCCUGCAGUCAGUGGUACUGGUGCGGUGGAGGACCAGAAGAAACACGCAGCCAGCAGCAAAACGAAUAAACCAGCGAAAGAGACUAAAUCUAAAGCCCCAAAGACCUACAGUCUUGCCAACACAGCUCAGGUGGAUACAGGUGGAGUCUCAGACAAGUCCAUUCUUAAAGUUUCUAUCCAAGCUGAGCUGGAGAAGAAAAUCAUCAAGCUAAUCAAUGAUUUCAGACAGGAGAAUGGGGAUAAAGGGCCCAUUUCUGGCAGACUUACAACCAAGAAGCUGUUGGACCUGUACACAGCUCUGGAGAAAUUCAACUUCAAAAGAGAGCAUAUUGAAGAGGCGAUGAAGAGCAGCGUCCUGUAUGGGGGCGACCUCCACUCUGCUCUCGACUGGCUCUGUCUUAACCUUAAAGACGAUGAGUUGCCAGACGGUUUCAGCCAGCAGCUGCAGGAGGAGAGCCAGAAGAGUCGGCCUAAAUUCCAGCCUCCAUCGCAGCAGAAACCUGCUGAAAGGAACCCCAAAGCGUCCAACAACAGCCACAGAGACGCCAACAGGGUCUCAGAGAAGGACGAAGCUGCAAGCAUGAAGGACUGGAUUUUGAGGUACGCAGAACAAAGUAGUGACGACGAAGAGGAGGAGGAAGAAGAAGAUAAGAGGACACGCAAUCCUGAAUUGGAUGAAAAGUUUGACCCUAAUGACAGGUAUUUGAUCCUCACCGCGCAACUGUAUGACGCCAAAGAAAUGGCAGCUGAUGCCAAGACCAAAGGAGACAAAACGGGCCAGAGGAAGGCACAGGACAGGAUUCGGGUCAUACAGCAAGAAAUGAAGCAGCUGGAGUCUCAUCCCAUAUUCAAUCCUACCAUAAAAGUUGUCGAUGUCCCUCAGAAGGAAAAGAAGAUGCUUCCCGUGGCGGACGAUAAAGAUGACCUGAGCUUCAGUUUGUUUGAGCAAGCAGAAAAGGACCCUCCUGUAGAAAAAGUUGUGAGAAAGAACGAGCCAAAAGACAUUCGUAACUUCGACUACACGGCUCGCAGCUGGACAGGAAAGUCCCCCAAACAGUUUCUCAUCGACUGGGUCAGAAAAAACCUGCCCAAAAGUCCACCGCCAGCUUUCCACAAGGUUUCUGCCGGCAGAUACUGGAGAUGCAAGGUGCGAGUCCAAAGAGCGGACGAUGCCCUCGAAGUUUGUCCUACCAUCUUGACUGAGGACAACAUGCAGGCUCAGCAUCUGGCUGCCACGUUGGCACUCUACAACCUGGUUAAAGGGCAGUCUGUGCAUCAGCUCCUACCUCCAACCUACAGAGACGUGUGGCUGGAGUGGAGAGACAGCGAGCAGCAGCAGCAGGAAGCGAGCCGCACCGCUGCCAACAAACCUCGAGACCAGUUCAUAUCCCGGCUCCUCACCAGACUGAAGCAGCAGAACCAGAGUCAAGCCCAGCAGCCCACGUAUCACCAAGGCCAGGAGCUCAACAGGAGGGCAGGAGAAGACGAGCCGGAAGACUCCUGGGAGGAUCUGGCCGGUCUCGAUAUUGAGGAAAAAGGAGGCAGGGUCGAAGACAAGAGCGAGAAAAGUAAGCAGAAGGAAGGAGCAGCGUCGCUUAAGUCAGCCAGAGAGCUCUUACUAAAGCUGAAAGAGUCUGCACUCGCCCACAAGCUGCAGGCGGAGAGACAGAAGCUCCCAGUCUUUCAGCACAGAGUUCGUGUUCUCGAGGCUCUGCAGCGCCACCGUGUGGUUGUGGUGGCCGGCGAGACGGGCAGCGGGAAGAGCACCCAGAUCCCUCAGUUCCUGCUGGAGGAGCUGCUGGCGGGGGGCAAAGCCGCUCAGCCCUGCAACAUCGUGGUGACUCAGCCGCGCAGGAUAUCAGCCAUGAGCCUCGCCAGCAGAGUCAGCCAGGAGCUGGGCUGCGACGACGGACCGGGUUCCAAGUCGUCGCUGUGCGGAUACCAGAUCAGGAUGGAGAACCUGUCCGGGGACUGGACUCGCCUCUUGUACUGCACUACCGGAGUUCUCCUCCGGAAGCUCCAGCAGGACAGACACCUGAACUCCCUGACCCAUAUUAUUGUGGAUGAGGUCCAUGAGCGCAGUGUCCAGUCGGAUUUUCUGCUCACCAUCCUUAAAGAUGUUGUGAUGAAGAGAUCCGACCUGCACCUGAUCCUCAUGAGCGCCACUGUGGACUGUGACAAGUUUUCCAGCUACUUCAACCGCUGCCCUGUGGUCAGCAUUCCCGGCAGGACCUUCCCAGUUGAAGUGUACCAUUUAGAGGAUAUAGUAGAGCAGACAGGAUACGUCCUUGAAAAGGAUUCCGAGUACUGCCAGAAGAUUUUAGAAGAAGAAGAAGAGGUGUCCGUCUCCGUCACACAGAAAGGUGGCAAGACUUUGCAGCACCAGGAGGUCAUAGUGAGGGAUUCGUCCUCCGGCUGGGACCUGGGUCCAGACCUCGACCAUUUCAGCAGCAGGACUCGGCAGGUGCUUCAGUUCAUGAACCCUAAUAAGAUUAACAUGGACUUGCUUGUAGAUCUCCUGGACUACUUGGACAAAUCGCCACAGUUUGCGGCGGUGGAUGGAGCUGUGCUCGUCUUUCUCCCGGGUCUGGCUCACAUUCAGCAGCUUUACGACGUUCUCUUGUCGGACAAGAGGUUUCGGGAGAAAAACAGGUAUAAGAUUGUGGCCCUCCACUCAACUCUUUCAUCCAAGGAUCAGGCUGCUGCCUUCACAGUGCCCCCUGCUGGCGUUAGAAAGAUUGUGCUGUCGACCAACAUUGCUGAGACAGGCGUGACGAUUCCAGAUGUUGUUUUUGUCAUCGACACAGGGAAGACUAAAGAAAAUAAGUACCAUGAGAGCAGCCAGAUGAGUUCUUUGGUGGAAACCUUCGUCUCCAAAGCCAGCGCCCUCCAGAGGCAGGGGAGAGCAGGACGUGUCAGAAACGGCUUUUGCUUCAGACUUUACCCUAAAUUCAGGUUUGAUGCCUUCAUGGAUUACUCCAUCCCAGAAAUUCUGCGGGUCCCGCUGGAGGAGCUUUGUCUCCAUAUAAUGAAAUGUCAGUAUGGGUCCCCGGAGGACUUCCUGAGCCGGGCCCUGGAUGCUCCUCAGCCUCAGUCCGUCAGCAACGCUGUGAACCUGCUGAGGAAGAUCGGCGCAUGUCAACCCGACAACCACAUCCUCACAGCUUUGGGACACCACCUGGCAAGUCUGCCGGUCAACGUAAAGAUCGGGAAGAUGCUCAUUUACGGGGCCAUUCUUGGCUGCCUUGAACCCAUAGCAACCAUCGCUGCAGCCAUCACUGAGAAGUCUCCGUUUUCCACACCGAUGAACAGAAAGGAGGAAGCUAACCUGGCCAAAGUCGCUCUGGCCACCGCCAACUCUGAUCACCUGACCAUAUAUAACGCAUACAUGGGAUGGAAAAGCUCACAGACGGAGGGACUGAGAGCGGAGAUGUCCUUCUGUAGAAAACACUUCCUCAAUCGAACGGCUCUGCUCACCAUAGAGGACGUGAAGCACGAGCUGAUGAAGAUGAUGGAACAUUUCUGGUCCUCUCGCUCGAAGCAGCGGGCGGCCACGCUGUCCAAGCAGCAGAUCUGCAUCCUGAACGCGGCGUUGACGGCGGGGCUCUACGACAGCGUGGCACGGGUGCUGUGCAAUCCCCCCGUGGACGGGCUGGAGCGGGUGGCCUGCACCGUGGAGACGCCUCAGGGCAGGGCUCAGGUCCAUCCUUCCUCUGUUAACCGUAACCUGCAGGUGCACGGCUGGCUGCUGUACCAGGAGAAGGUUAAAUACACGAAGAUCUACCUGCGAGACACCACCUUGAUUUCUCCGUUCCCCAUGCUGCUGUUCGGAGGCGACAUCGACAUCCAGCACAGAGAGAAGCUCAUGACGUUAGACGGAUGGAUUCAUUUCCAGGCUCCGGUACGGAUUGGAGUGAUCUUCAAACAUUUGAGGAAACUGAUGGACUCUUUACUUGAAAGGAAGUUGGAGAACCCCAGAAUUAAUCUGGAAGGUGAUACAACCAUCCAGGUGAUUCUGGAUCUGAUCAAAUCUGAACACGCUGCGUAACAUCAGGAGCCGCAGGUCACUGAGGAGGACACAUUUUACUCACAUUGAGGAGAACUGUAUAUAAAAUGCAUACAAACACACUGAAAUUUAAUCCCCAGAUAAUAGUUAAGGUUAUUUUCAAUUAUUGUUUUAAUGUUUAUUGUAUCAUGACUGACAAACAAAAUUAAAUUACAAUCAACUGUUAAAAAAAUAAAAACAGUUUAGAUUUUAGCCUAAGGAGGAAUACUUAUGUUUUGUGGAUUUUUGUUAAAACGGUUCAAGAAAUACGUCUUUUUUUUUCUUCCUGGGAUAUCCAGAUUCGGUCCUGAGAUCUAUAAUGUUUAGAGGUUGGCAUGUCAAAUAUUUCUUAUUAAAACGUCUGAUUUAUAUA